AUGAAUCUCUCCCCGACCUCCGUCUCCUCGGCCGAGGACGCGACCGAAAACACCGCUGACGAAGAAGACUCUCAAGAUUACUGCAAGGGCGGUUACCACCCCGUUACUGUGGGUGAGUCCUUUAAGGACGGAAAAUAUACGGUUGUGCGGAAGCUAGGUUGGGGCCAUUUCUCGACUGUGUGGCUAUCCAGGGAUAAUAUAACGGGCAAGCACGUUGCCCUCAAGGUCGUGCGAUCUGCGGCCCAUUAUACCGAGACUGCCAUCGACGAGAUUAAGCUGCUGAACAAAAUCGUCCAAGCGAACCCUAAUCAUCCAGGCCGCAAGCACGUCGUCAGCCUACUCGAUUCUUUCGAGCACACGGGUCCCAAUGGCACCCACGUGUGCAUGGUCUUCGAAGUUCUCGGCGAGAAUCUUCUCGGGCUUAUCAAGAAGUGGAACCACCGUGGCAUUCCUAUGCCCCUCGUGAAGCAGAUCACCAAGCAAGUUCUGCUUGGUCUUGACUAUCUUCAUCGGGAAUGUGGCAUCAUCCACACUGAUCUGAAACCGGAAAACGUCCUCAUCGAGAUUGGCGACGUAGAGCAGAUCGUAAAGAAGGUUGUCAAGAACGAGACGAGUACCGAGAAGGAGAACAACAGAAACGGCCGGCGCCGGAGGCGGACACUCAUCACGGGCAGCCAGCCGCUACCCUCCCCACUAAACGCUUCGUUUAACCGCGACAACUUGUUCCCGGCCACCGGCCAGCAUGCUAGCUUGGGCCAUAUGCUGAGCGAAGCCAAUUCCACAAGUAAGACUCGCUCACCCAAGCACGAGAAGGAUGGGGAAGAUAAACAGAAGCAACGAGAAAAGUCGGCUGAUCUCCUGACGCGAGAGGUAUCCGGAAUUUCUCUUGAUAAGGCGAAUAAUUCAUCCUCCACCGGCGAGAAACGGAAGGCAGAAGAAACGUUCUCCUGUGAUAUAAUCAGCGUGAAGAUUGCUGAUCUCGGCAACGCCUGCUGGGUCCAUCAUCAUUUCACCAAUGAUAUUCAGACGAGACAGUACCGGUCUCCUGAGGUUAUCCUAGGGGCUAAGUGGGGUGCCAGCACUGAUGUUUGGAGCAUGGCCGCAAUGGUGUUCGAGCUGAUAACGGGCGAUUACUUGUUCGACCCGCAGUCCGGAACGAAGUAUGGCAAGGACGACGAUCAUAUUGCGCAAAUCAUCGAGCUCCUCGGGCCGUUUCCUAAGUCGUUGUGCCUCUCGGGCAGGUGGUCGCAGGAGAUCUUCAACCGGAAGGGAGAGCUGAGGAAUAUUCAUCGUCUACGCCACUGGGCAUUACCCGACGUCCUUCGUGAGAAAUACCAUUUCCGGGAGGAAGAGGCGAAGAGGAUUUCCGAUUUCCUCACCCCAAUGCUAGAAUUAGUGCCUGAUAAGCGUGCUAAUGCGGGAGGGAUGGCGAGUCACUCUUGGCUCGACGAUACCCCCGGAAUGAAAGGCAUAAAGAUUGAAGGACUUGGUGUAGGGACUAGAGGAGAAGGUAUACCGGGAUGGUCGUCGGAGUCGCGUACGCGAUAA